CUAACCCGGAAACUAACCAAACAUCUACUCCACGAAAUACUAAAACAAAACUCUAACUAGACUAGGACAAGAUUAUUUCUAACAUCCUCCGGCCCCUGGUUCGUUCUUUCCGUUCGAAAGAUGGGGACAGGGAGCAAGGAGGGUAGCCUGAAGCUGAACAGCCAGCGAGCGUUGUCGUUCCUCCUCGGGGCAGCUCUGCCCACGAUCCUCCUCUUCGCCUUGGCGACCGAUCGGGUUGGCGAGCAGCUCUCCAGCGUCUCCGGCGGCUUGUGGGGGUACAAGUACAACGGUGGAACCCGGCCGGCAGCUACUGCACUGCAGGAAGAUGAGGAGAAAUUUCCAGGCCUAGCCGAGCUGUUACCGAGGGUGGCGACGGAGGACCGGACGGUGAUCCUCACGUCGGUGAAUGAGGCGUGGGCGCGGCCGGGUUCGCUCCUCGAUAUCUACCUCGAGAGCUUCAAAAACGGUGAGGACACAGCGCACCUCCUCGACCACCUCCUCGUGAUCGCCCUCGACCCUGCCGGCCUCCGCCGUUGCGUCUCCGUGCACCCUCACUGCUACCUCCUAGAAAAUGUGACCGCCGCCAACCUCAGCUCCGCCACACGGUUCAUGUCCAAGCAGUACCUCGAGCUCGUCUGGACCAAGCUAUCCCUUCAGCAGCGUGUCCUCGAGCUCGGCUACAACUUCCUCUUCACCGAUGCUGACAUGAUAGUGCUUCGGAACCCGUUGCGGCGGAUCCCGGUGUACGCGGACAUGAGCGUGUCCACCGACGACUUCUCGCCGGCGCGGGCGCACCCGCUGGACAACCCGAUCAACACGGGGCUCUACUUCAUGAAGGCGACGAGCAGGAACGUGGCCAUGCUCCGGUACUGGCGCGCGGCACGGGUGAGGUUCCCUCGCGCGCACGACCAGCAGGUGUUCGAAAAGAUCAAGCGAGAGCUGGUGGCGAAGCUAGGCGUCACGAUCGAGCCCCUUGACACGGCCUACUUCGGUGGGUUCUGCGAGUACCACGACGACCUCAGCACCACCUGCACCAUGCACGCCGACUGCUGCGUCCGCGUGGACAACAAAGUGCACGACCUUACGGAUAUGGCCGCCGACUGGAAGAGGUACACGGCCAUGACGCCGGAGGAGAGGAAGAGGGUGGGCGGGAACCUCACAUGGACGGUGCCUGUCCGGUGCCGUGAGUCCGUCAAGUGGCGUAAACCUGUACACCCUUGAUGCAGGUUAAUUAAGGUUGUUGUGGAGAAAAUGCGCUUACUUCUCUAGAGUUUGACAUGUGAUGUUGCUUCCCCUUUGCAGAAACAUGAAUCUGAGUGUAAUUCGGUGGAAACAGAAUAAAAAAACUCACAACUGUAUUAUUUACCAAUGCUCGACUUUCUAUGACCUAGAGGCUUCAGAGAAUUAUGAACCUACGUUGUGUUGUAUCUUGUGCAUCUAUGAAAUUUUUCAUUUGAAAAAAUGACUAUAUGUAAGCUACACAAAAAGAACAAAUGAUGUGUAAAUAUUACAUGAAACUAUUCACUUA